AUGGCACAGAAGAGAAAAAUGGAUAUCACUGUGGUUGAUGAGAACGAUAAAGAGUUGCUCACAAUUUUCCUUAAUGCUGCUAGUAAUCUCUCUCUACUCUAUACUGAGGCUGUCGAUCAGCAGAAGACGGCUUUUGAGGGUGGACAAAAAUAUUCUCUUAGAGCAAUCUGGAAGGCGUUUGGGUCUUCCACGACGGCGAGGGCGAGGGCGAGGCGAAUAAUACCCAGGUAUGGGUGGCGAAGGGGGGAAGGUGGAGACCCAGAGUUCGACGCUUUGAUGGUGAGACCCAGAAUGGGGCGAAGGGACGGUGGGCGAAGGGACGGUGGGCGAGUUACUGGGUCGAAGGGACGGUGGGCGAAGGGGCGAAGGGACUGUUGGGGAGUUGGUCGGAGGAAUUGGGACGGUGGGGGAGUUGGGCGGUGGUGGGAUGAAGCUGGUGGUGGAGAGUUGGCUGGUAGAGUUGGGCUUCCAGUGCAGGUGGUGGAGAAGUGGUGA